UUUUCUGCUAAGUAUUUUUCUUAUUUUUUUGAGAAAAUACACGAAAACGGAGUCAAAAAAUCGUAAAAAACUUUAAAUAAAUACUCAAUUUCAUCAUAUUACUUCAUAGUUGAUCGUAAAACGUUCUUGGAAAGCAGAAAAACUUAAAUAAAAAAUUUCACUGCAAUUAUUGAUUUUUUUGGAAAAUGUCGCAAGAUAUUAAAAGUUUCUUUCACGAAUGGGCUUCGAAAGCCAAAUGUGAAAUAAGUUUCAAUACACGCGCAACUGGUCCAAAGCAUCGACAACGUUUUUUGUGCGAAGUUCGUGUUACGGGACAUCCGUAUGUCGGAGCUGGAAAUUCUACGAACAAAAAAGACGCCGAAAAGAAUGCUGCGCGAGAUUUUGUCAACUUUCUCGUUCGAACAGGAAAAGUUAAUCCUGCCGAUGUUCCCGGCGACGUUCCCGAUGUAAAUGCUGUUGGGCAAUCGCCUGUUGUUGCCGGAGGUACUCCAAUGUCUGCAUUCCAUUCGAAUUCGAAUCAGGGAGAACAAUCGUACAACUAUGUACAACAAAGUGCAAAUGUUUUCCGUGAUGGGCAAGGACCAUCAGAUCUUGGACAAGCUUAUCGCGGUGUCGAUGAACGUCAGGAUUACUUAAAUCGUGCCGAACAAGCGAAACAAUUGGAAGAACAGGAAUCUUUUGAUGUAAACGCAGGCAUUCACGGAAAUUGGACCAUUGAAAAUGCAAAAGCGAAAUUGCAUCAGUUUAUGCAAAUGAAUAAAAUUCAAGCAGAUUAUCGCUAUAAACCUGUGGGUCCUGAUCAUGCAAGGAGUUUCAUGGCAGAGAUGACAAUUUACGUUAAACAGUUGAAUCGAAGUAUUACGGGACGUGAAACAGGAUCAAAUAAACAGUCAGCAAGUAAAUCGUGUGCAUUGUCACUUGUUCGACAAUUGUUCCAUUUGGGCGUUAUUGAAGCUUAUGCAGGAACACUUAAAACGGAAAAAGCUAAAGAUCAAACAAAACCAUAUCCUGUUGCAAUAAGUCCUGAAAUGAUAAGUCGCAUUGAAAAUUGUUUGAAAGAUUUAAACAUCAGGCCUGUAGAUCAUAAACGAGCUCCAAUGAUCAAACCUGACGAAGGGCAAGAACCACAUGUUAGUCUUUUGAUUCAAGAAAAUGAAACUGAAGCUCCGCGUCGGUAUCAAGAUGAUGCAGGAAGUGUUAUUCCUUGGGCGCCUCCGCAACAAAAUUGGAAUCCAUGGAAUGCGUGUAAUAUUGACGAUGGAUAUUUGGCAACAGCAACUCUUGAUCAAUUAAGCGACGAUUUGAUUCGCGACGAACGGGAUAAGAAAAUGAACGAUCCUGAGUUGCAAAAACGAAUUGCGGAGCGUGAAACACUUCCAAUUGCACAAAUGCGAGGCAAAAUUAUGGAAAUUAUUAACGAUAAUCCCGUUUGUCUUAUUCGCGGAAAUACUGGUUGCGGAAAAACAACACAAAUAGCACAAUUCAUUCUCGAAGAUUACAUCAAUUCUGGGCAAGGAGCAUACUGUAACAUCGUCGUCACACAACCUCGUCGUAUUUCUGCAAUAAGUGUUGCUGAACGUGUUGCAAAUGAACGAAAUGAAAAUUUGGGAGAAGCAGUUGGAUAUUCUGUGCGUUUUGAAUCUUGCUUGCCAAGACCAUUCGGAUCUGUUCUUUUUUGUACCAUCGGAGUGUUGUUACGGAAACUUGAAGGCGGAUUGCGCGGAGUCUCGCACGUAAUUGUCGACGAGAUACACGAAAGAGAUGUCAAUUCAGAUUUCAUAAUGGUUGUAUUGCGAGACAUGGUACACACAUAUCCUGAUUUGCGAAUCAUCUUGAUGAGUGCGACAAUUGAUACAACAUUGUUUUCGGAAUACUUUGGAAAUUGCCCUGUUGUCGAAGUACCCGGAAGAGCGUAUCCCGUUACGCAAUAUUUCUUGGAAGAUUGUAUCGAGAUGACAAAAUUUAAUCCUCCUCCAGAUAGUCGUAAACGAAAACGCGGAAAAGAUGGAAAUACAGGAGAUGAUGAUGAUGAAACUGCAGGCAUGGAAAUGGAUGCGGGAGAUCAGAAUUUGAACAAAAUUUUAGAUGAACGCAAAUAUUCGCCUCAAACUCGAGAAGUCAUGUCAAAAUUAUCCGAAUCUGAAGUGAGUUUUGAACUAAUUGAGUCAAUUCUCUUGUACAUCAAGAGUUUAAAUCAAGAAGGAGCUGUAUUAGUUUUCCUUCCUGGAUGGAAUUUGAUUUUUGCUCUGAUGAAACAUCUUCAAAUGAAACGUGAAUUUUCCGACAGUUCGUAUCGUAUAUUGCCAUUGCAUUCACAAAUUCCGCGAGAAGAUCAACGACGUGUAUUUGAGCGUGUUCCUCCCGGCGUAACGAAAGUUAUUCUUUCGACAAAUAUUGCAGAGACAUCUAUCACAAUCGACGAUAUCGUUUACGUAAUUGAUAUCUGCAAAGCACGUAUGAAACUUUUCACGUCACAUAACAAUCUCACGAGUUAUGCAACUGUUUGGGCAAGUCGAACAAAUCUCGAACAACGAAAAGGAAGAAGCGGGCGUGUAAGACCCGGAAUUUGUUUCACUUUAUGUAGUCGAGCGAGAUACCAAAAAAUGGAUGAACAUAUGACUCCUGAGAUUUUCCGUACACCGUUACAUGAACUUGCAUUAAGCAUUAAGCUGCUGAACUUAGGAUCAAUUGGAAAGUUUUUGUCUAAAGCUAUUGAACCUCCUCCGCUUGAUGCUGUAAUUGAAGCGGAAGUAAUGUUACGAGAACUAAAAUGUUUAAACACAUCCAAUGAACUUACUCCUUUAGGGCGUAUUUUGGCACGAUUACCUAUUGAACCUCGUUUGGGUCUCAUGAUGAUUUUGGGAUGUAUAUUUGGCGUUGGAGACGCUCUCGGAGCUAUGGCUGCUUAUUCAGGAACAUUCUCUGAAAUUUUUGCUCUCGAUGUAGGACAACGUCGUUUAAUGAAUCAUCAAAAAGCACUUGCAGGGAAUCGUUGUAGCGAUUACGUUGCGAUGUUAACUGCCUUCCAAAUGUGGAAUGAAAAGCGACAACGGGGCGAAGAAGCGGAAAUAAAAUUCUGUGAAUGGAAAGGCUUGCAAGUACCGACAAUGAGAGUUAUGUGGGAGGCAAAACGUCAAUUGCUUGAUUUGUUAAAUCAAACAGGAUUUCCGGAAGAAACUAUGAUUGAAAAGUUCUUCAAUCCCGACAUUCCAGAUAAUACAUUAGAUGUCGUUUUGGGUCUUUUAGCUGUCGGAUUGUAUCCGAAUGUUUGUUAUCAUAAGGAGAAACGUAAAGUACUGACAACCGAAUCUAAAGCAGCAUUGAUACAUAAAACUUCUGUCAAUUGUAGCAAUUUGGCUGUUACUUAUCCAUAUCCAUUCUUCGUUUUUGGCGAGAAAAUUCGUACACGAGCUGUAUCUUGCAAACAAAUGUCGAUGGUAUCGCCGAUCCAUUUACUUUUGUUUGGUUCCAAAAAAGUUGAUUUUACACAAAAUCAAAUUCGACUUGAUCAUUGGCUUAACUUUGAAAUGGAUCCGUAUCAAGCGUCUUUGAUUUGCGCUCUUCGCCCUGUCUUAGCAGAUUUGAUAACGCAAGCUGCUGAAUCUCCCGACGAAGUUCUCAAUUUGGAUCCAAAAUAUCAAACAGCUGUUGCUUUGAUCAAAGAUUUGUGUUUGUAUGAUGCAGGAGAUUAUCAGAUUGUAAGAGAACAAGGAAUUGGUCCCAACACGCAAUCAAGACCUCCGAGAAGCUUUGGAGGAUCAGCAGGCCCUUCAGGAUAUGGAGGAGGAAAAUUUUCCCGCGGCGGAUAUGGCGGAAAUUACGGAGGCAAUAAUCGUUCAAAUUGGUCAAAUGGCGGAUAUGGAAAUCGCGGAGGAUAUCGAUCUGGAUAUGGAAAUUCUGGAUUUGGCAACUAAAAAAUAUUCUUUUGCUUAAAUUAUAUUUCAAAACUUUCUUACUGAAAAAUUCAAAAAAAUAAAAUAAUUUCAUUGAACUCUUAUU